UUUUAUCGGUUCUCAGGAGGAGAGGAUUCAGUCGUUGACUUCCUAGAUGAUGUGGAGGAUAUCCCAAGCAUUUCUUCAUCAAAUUUAGCAGACCUUCAAACAGUGUUCCACAGAAAUGACCAUGGAUUCUUGCAGCUUCUCCUGGAUUGCAUUUCUAGGGUUCCAAAAACACAAUAUCUUCUAUUCACUUCGAUCUACGAGCUUGAACCCCAUGUUACCAACAACUUAAUGGAAACUUUUCCUUUUCCCGUGUACCCUGUUGGCCCAUCUAUACCUUACCUAGAACUUGAACAAAACAACCAUGGAACUAAUGCUAGAACCAAUGAUCCUUGCUGUAUACAGUGGCUAGAUUCUAAACCAGCAGAUUCGGUUCUGUACAUCUCGCUAGGCAGCUUCCUCUCUGUUUCAAGCACCCAAAUGGACGAAAUUCUGGCUGGAUUGCAAGAUAGUAAUGUUUACUUCAUGUGGGUGGCUCGUGGAGAAGCUUCUCGUUUGACAGAAAUUUGUGGAGAAAAAGGGGUGGUAGUGCCUUGGUGUGACCAAUUAAGAGUGCUGUGCCACUCUUCUGUAGGAGGUUUUUGGACACAUUGCGGAUGGAAUUCCACUCUAGAAGCUGUUUUUGCUGGGGUUCCAAUGCUUACUUUUCCUCUAUUUUUGGAUCAAGAUCCUAAUAGUAACCAAAUUGUGGAAGAUUGGAAAAUUGGUUGGAAGGUGAAGAUAGAGAUUGGAACUCAAAAUAUAUUGACUAGAGAAGAAAUUGCAGAUGUUGUGAAAAGGUUCAUGGAUUUGAACAGCGACGAGGGAAUAGAAAUGAGAAGAAAAGCAAGACAAAUUAGAGAUAUCUGUCAAGAAGCAACUACAGAAAGCGGAUCUUCUGUAAUCAACCUUACUUCAUUCAUUCAAGACGUUUCACAGGGACACAGUCAUUGAUCAGAUACUGUAAUUUAUCUCAGUGAUCAUCUCUUGGAAAAACCACCAGCCAGGGGCCAUACUUCUGUGGCUAAAAGAAUUUGUUCUGUAAAUUAUAGUUGUCACUGAGCAUGUGCAAGAUUCUGUUAUCUAGUGUCUCUGACUUUGAUUUGGUUCUUAAAAGUCACCUGCUUGUGCAAGUUAAGUAUCAGCUGAAAAAAAAUCUUCUGUUCUUCCUGAAUUA